GAGAUGCAGCCGCCGCCCCGAAAAGUGAAGCCGGCCCAGGAGGUGAAGCUUCGCUUCCUGGAACAACUGAGCAUCCUUCAGACCAGGCAGCAGAGGGAGGCAGAUCUGUUGGAGGACAUCAGACCUGUUGGCAGGUGGCAGGCACUUGUACCCAGACCCUCAUCCAUGCUCAGCUCCAAGCCCGUAAAUGGCCCUUCCACGGUAGGGAGGAUCCUGCUGGGCCUCUGAGCGAUGAGAUCCUACAGCAAGCAGAGGGCAGCCAUUGAACGAGAGUAUGGGCAGGCACUCCAGAAACUGGCUGGGCCAUUCCUGAAGCGGGAAGGGCACCGGAGUGGGGACACAGACAGCAGGACAGUGUUUGGUGCCUGGCGCUGCCUGCUCGAUGCUACCGUGGCUGGGGGCCAAACCCGGCUCCAGGCGUCCGACCGAUACCGUGACCUAGCGGGGGGCACAGGGCGGAGUGCCAAGGAGCAGGUGCUUAGGAAGGGGACAGAGACCCUCCAGAGGGCACAGGCUGAGGUGCUGCAGUCUGUCCGGGAGCUGAGCCGUAGUCGGAAGCUGUAUGGGCAGCGGGAGCGUGUGUGGGCCUUGGCCCAGGAGAAGGCAGCUGAUGUCCAGGCCAGGCUGAACCGGAGUGACCAUGGCAUCUUUCACUCCCGGACCAGUCUCCAGAAACUCAGCACCAAGCUGUCUGCGCAGUCAGCCCAGUACUCCCAGCAGCUGAGAGCGGCCCGCAAUGACUACCUGCUCAAUUUGGUGGCAACCAAUGCCCACCUUGACCAUUAUUACCAGGAGGAACUGCCAGCCCUGCUCAAGGCCCUGGUCAGCGAGCUGUCAGAACACUUGCGGGACCCCCUGAUGUCGCUGAGCCGCACAGAGCUGGAAGCUGCAGAGAUGGUCGUGGAGCAAGCCCGCCAUGGAGGGCAGGCAACUGCCCAGGUAAACUGGGAGCAGGAUCUGAAGAUGUUUCUUCAGGAACCUGGAGUGUUCUCUGCCACCCCUGCCCAGCAGUUUCAGCCAGCAGGCACUGAUCAGGUGUGUGUCCUAGAGAGGGAAGGAGGAGAAAUGGCUGGGGAGAGUGGCCUGGAGAAGGAGAUACAGCGCUGGACGAGCAGAGCUGCCCGUGAUUACAAGAUCCAGAACCAUGGGCAUCGGGUGCUGCAGAGACUGGAGCAGAGGCGGCAGCAGGCCUCUGAGCGGGAGGUGCCCAGCAUAGAACAGCGGCUACAGGAAGUGAGGGAGAACAUCCGGAGGGCACAGGUGAGCCAGGUGAAGGGUGCUGCACGGCUGGCCCUCCUGCAGGGAGCUGGCCUGGAUGUGCAGUGCUGGCUGAAGCCUGCCAUGACCCAGGCACAGGAAGAGGUGGAGCAGGAGCGACGGCUCAGUGAGGCUCGGCUCUCCCAGAGGGACCUGUCCCCCACGGCAGAAGAUGCUGAACUUUCGGAUUUUGAUGAAUGCGAAGAGACAGGGGAGCUCUUUGAGGAGCCUGCCCCGCCAGUCCUGACCUCCAGGCCCCUCCCCUGCCCUGCCCACGUGGUCUUUGGCUAUCAGGCAGGGCGUGAGGAUGAGCUGACCAUCACGGAGGGUGAGUGGCUGGAGGUCAUAGAGGAGGGAGAUGCUGAUGAAUGGGUCAAGGCCCGGAACCAGCAUGGCGAGGUGGGCUUUGUUCCUGAGCGGUAUCUCAACUUCCCAGACCUUUCCCUCCCUGAGAGUGGCAGUGACAGCAAUAAUCCCUCAGGGGCAGAGCCCACAGCAUUUCUGGCCUGUGCUCUGUAUAGCUACACAGGGCAGAGCGCAGAGGAGCUAAGCUUCCCUGAAGGGGCCAUCAUCCGCCUGCUGCCCCGGGCCCAGGAUGGAGUGGAUGACGGCUUCUGGAGGGGAGAAUUUGGGGGCCAUGUUGGUGUCUUCCCCUCCCUGCUGGUGGAGGAGCUGCUUGGUCCCCCAGGGCCAUCUGAACUCUCUGAACCGGAGCAGGCACUGCCAUCACCUUCUCCUCCCAGCUUCUCUCCUCCGCCCCCUGCCUCAGCCUUGGAUGGCCCCACUGAACCCAUCCUGCCUGCAUCCCUGGAAUGCCCUGGACCACUGGACAUGACAGUGCCCCGACUCAGGCCGAUGCGUCCACCACCUCCCCCACCGGCUAAAGCCCCAGAUCCUGGCCAUCCAGAUCCCCUCACCUGAAGGCCAGGGGAAUCGCUGCACAAUGACGCUGCUGCCCGUGUCCACGCUGUCAGAGACCCACUCCCUGUAUAAUCCGCAACAACACAGCCCGAAGUUGGAAUCCCCUCACAUCCAUUCUCACCUCUGCGGUGGCCACAGUUCCUUUCCCCAGUUGUGGGGCAGAACCCCAGCUUCCCCCCAGUUGUCCUCCAGCCCUUCUGCCCACGUGCCAGCUUGUCUUAGGUGGUGAAAUACCCUGAGCCCUCCGAGGUUGGAGUCCAUUCCCCCAAAAUCUGGACUGACUGUGGCCCAUUUGUUUCCACCUUGGCUGUGACACCCAUCCCCCACCCCUCCACCAACUCUGGCAGCCAGAGAUGCUAGGGGCAGGGAUGGGGAGUGGGUCUUGGGACUCAGAAGGAGCUGGAGCCAGCAUGUGAAGCAGCUGUGAUGGUCUGAGCAGAUUUAUUGACAGUGAAUAAAUGGCACAAAGCCCAAGCCAGGGCCUGGGCCUUUUGUACCAAGAGGGCAGGGGGCCUAAGGUGCUAUUGCUUUAGGGGUCCACUCAGGGCAGGGGCCUGCUCCCACCUGCCACGUAUAGAACAAGGGGUUGGGAAAGGUGGGCCAGGCAGCCUGGUGGGCCAGGGAACUGGGAAGAGACUGAGGGGUUGGGGAGGUAUGAGACUUCUCCUGAGGUCCCCCAGCCUGAGGCCAUUCAGCUCCAAGUAGAAGCAGCACUUGUCCCUUGGCUGUGCAGUGGAGGGAAAAGCCUUUGUGCCUGCCUGCCCCCUGGCCCUUCCAGCUGGUCAUCUGUCAGAGUGUCAGAGCAGUGAACGACGAGGCUUGGGAGAGGAAGGGUAAUGGUGCUGCUCCUGUUUGGGCUCUGGCCCAGCUUUUCCCAGGGGCUGAAGGACCUACCCUGUUCCCUGGAGUAUAUGCCCACUCUACCAGCAGAGCCAGGAGUGUGCAGCAGAGGCCAAAUCUGCACUUCACCUUCGGGGGCACAAGGGCUUGUAUGGUUUCAGUAGGGGUGGGAGGAUGAGAUUACCUGACUUGGGGCUCAGGCAGACUUGACAUCACACAGCCCCUGCUCCCUGUGGCAGAGACACCUGAGCCAAGAGGUGGGGUCAGCAAUGGGAGGGGUGCUCCUAUCAAUGACCCCUUGAAAAGAGGCAAUGAGAACUGAGCCAGCUGUAGCCUUGGCCUCAUCUUCAUACCUGGCAAUCUGAGGGGUCUGGUUUGCUUGGCUGUCCAUUUACCUCUGGACUUGGCAGCCCUGGGUUUGGGCCCCUCCCUCUGGUCCCCAGUACUGGCUCUGCAGAGGCUCCAGGGUUCCCCUCAAGAUUGUAAGGGAUGAGACCACUGUCCCUGAGUCUUCCAUUCUGCACUGGGGGGCUGGCUAGAGCCUGGGGUUGUGAUACUUCGGGGGGCCGCCUCUCGAUGGCAGGUGUCCCUGCCCUGGGCUGUCCUCCCCCUGGGUCCUGCCCUCCACCAGAGCCCCAGCUCCUGUCUGGGGGGGAGCCAUCACGAUGCUCAUGUGGCCCAUAGCGCUUCUCAAUGUGUGUCACCCGGAACCUGGAGGUGGGGGGACAGAAGAGUGAGGUUUAGUGCCAGAACUCAGAAACCAUUUGGCCCUCCCCUUCAACCAUGGACAUCCUGGGUUUCAUGUUCACUUCCCUCUGGCCUAAGGCAGAAUAGGCCUUGUCAGAUUGUGGGCCAGUGACUUGCUGCAACUCUCUGUGCAGGAGGAAAGAGCCUGGGGUCCACAUUUGGGGUCAGAUAUCUGAUCACUGGGUGCCCCAGCUCAACCUCUUUUUCCCAGGGGCACCCUAUUCCUACCUGCCCACAGAGAACACGGUGGUUUCCCCAGGCCGGGGGCGGCUCUUUCCUUCCUUGGAGCGUCCCUGACGGACAAGUGGAGGCCUCUUGUUCCGGCUACAGUGGAUGCAAGGGGCGGAAGAGCCCAGGUGUACUGUGUGGUGAUGGGAGGGGGCUCCAUCUUGCAGGCUGGAGGUGGCAUCCACACUGAACGGCAAGGGAGGGACAGGGCAGGAUGACAGUUGCACUUCCCUGCCUGUUCCGUUUUCUAGUCUCUUCAGCACAUCCUCAAGACCCCCCAAGAGCCCCAUUUCCCUCAGGACCCAAUGUUCCUUCUUGCUUUUAUCUAAUAAACCCAUUAUGGAGAUGUCAA